AGAGGGUGCUGUUCAACCUUGUAUGUCAGCAAGCUCGUAUACAUGCAGACAGAAGGAGAGCCAAAGGAAGUAUCUAGGGCUGUAAAGAUUUAGGCAAUAUAGAUUCCUAGAAAUCGAGUAAAGGAAGGACAAUCUGCUCUGUCGCACUUGGAAGUAAUCGUUGCACUUUUAAUGUGUGGUGAGUUUAAAAAAACCUUCAAACUUACGGUGCUUGGAGUAUCAAGAGAUCGCAAGAGGAUUCUUUGUACAGGAUGGCGUUAGAAGUUCGCUUUCUUCACGAUGGUCAUCUCGUCAGAUUCUUCUUCCUCACUUGCGUGGCUAUGUGUUGUUUGAGUGUCCAAGGAUUUUCCAUUUCUUAUGACAAAAUUGUAAAAAAAGCACGUUGUACCGCAAAUUGUUAUACUCAGUAUGCAGUUCAUAACCAUUCAGAGAAAAUUUGUGAAAGUACAUCUUGUACCAAGUGUUUAGGACCAUGUGGGAAUGUAAUUUUGGGCCACUCUGAAUCACAAUGUCUACAAAAUUGUGGAAAUUCAAGCAGCUGUGUGGCAAGUUGUGAAUUUGUGGAGCAGUUGAACAACUUUGCCUCAAUACAAGAAGGUGACGGCUCCAAGAUUCCGACACCGAGCAUACCAAGAGUGAUAAAUAUGGACCUCACCUCUUUAUCGCUGCAGUGGGAUCCUGUGCAAAAUGCCAGUGGUACUCCUGUGUACUUGAUUACAGUGAACACAAUGGGCGAUUAUUCUUCAACGUAUACCAAUGUGUUCACAAGCCCUCGCGCUCUUCUUCGUACCGCUGUUGAGUUGUGUGGUUUGCGUCGCAAUUACAAUUCCCGCCAAACAUUUAAGGGGAUGUUCUUCGCAUUCAAGGUUGCAGUCGUUACAGAGAAUUCAUCAGUCAGUAACGGAGAACAGACGAAUGCCAUAUCCCUACCACAGCCUGCUCCAGUCAGUGACUUGGCAUUAAUAAGUCUUGUCUAUGACGGUAACGGCUAUAAAAGCAACAGAUUAAAGCUGAAGGCCAAUUGGACUCAGUCAAAACAACAAGAACUAAUUUCCGACCACUUCAUGGUGUGGAAAUAUGAAUGCUUUUUAGACAAUGGCGGUACUCGGAGAGUGAAAAGGACGGGGUCGACUGACCCUGUUGGAAUCAUGACACUUAAUGAAAAAUUAAAGAAAUGCAGAAAUACUUUAAAGGUCUACGCAAUGUCACACUGCAUACAGAGCAAUGCAACAAGUAUAACUUUUGAGUACCCUGGAUGUGCGAAUAUCACCGGUUAUCCCGUGGACCUAUGCUAUAAAUUCGAUCCUCCAGGAUCACCAGACAAGGAUAGGCAGGUCCGAAACCUCAGCAUUAGUUCGAUUGCUAUUGGAGAGGGCUAUAGAUUCACUGUGAAUUUGACAUGGAUUCCUCCUCUGUAUCCCUACAAGACAAUAGAGAUCUAUUACAUCCUUGGCUAUGGUUCCACCACUAAAACGUCAUACUCAAUCAAGUCAUUAGCACCCGCUGAAACUUUUGAAGUAACGGUUUUGCCUUUUUUCCAGAAUUCUGCACCUGUAGGUGUUGAUAACACUAUUUCAAUAUCUACUCUUGCUGUUAAUCCUGCUGAGUUGGUGGUGCGAAACUUGGAGCUCAACGAUUUCAUCUUUUCACCACAAACGGGGACCUUUGACUUAAAUGCGACUUGGCACCAGCCCUCUUUAAACUACAGCCGUGUGCUAUGGUACUCCAUCAGCUACCAAGUGAAUGAAGGAAGUAAACGCUCUCUCAACACCAACAAAACAUAUUCUAUCAUUCAUGGAAUCUUACAUGGAGAGCCUGUUUCAUUCGAUAUCACACCCGUCUUUACGCAUUCUGAUAUAAUUGGAAGGGAAAAGGAAAUGGUCAACAGUGCUCCUCGCCCCAAUUCGUCCCAUAUUGUGGUGCAGAACUUGGACUUUGAAAGUUUCGUCUUGAUACCUUUGACUGGACAAUUCCGUUUAAAUGUCUCCUGGAAAAACCCUUUCUUCAAUUACAGCCAAAUUUUAUCUUACUCUGUCUCAUUUAAAAUAGACGGCGGGGACGAAAAUGUAACGCAAACGAACAGGACCUAUUUAAUCAUAUAUGGCAUCACACACGGAGAGCCAGUAACAGUUAGUGUUACCCCACACUUUGCCAACAGUAGGAUUCAAGGAAUAAGUUCCUCUGACACCUUUAACGCACCUGUGCCUCCUGAUGGCGAACUCAUGGUACAGAAUCUCAACAUUGCAGGAAAGUUUGUGGAACAUGAACAGAGUAACACAUUUGCCGUGAACUUCUCGUGGGAACCACCAUCUUUCAAGUACAAGCAAAUCGCUUAUUACAACGUGUCAUGCCAUUUCUCAGGUUAUCCACGUGAUGAGUUUCAAAGUUAUACCAAAACCAACUUGCAAAGAACAUUAUUCAGAAUAGCAGGAAUACUGCCACAGCAACGUGUCAACAUCGAGGUAACGCCUUUUUACAGCAACAAGUACAUUAGAGGAAAACGUAAGGAAGCAGAAGGUACUGCACCAGGACCUAGAGCGGAACUGGUGAAAGUUGCUGGACUGCGACAUAGUGGACUGGUGUCUAGCGCAGACGAAUCAUUUCGCACGACAGUGUCAUGGCAGAAACCGCUGUUCAACCACAGCACAGUUCAACAUUACAGAUACAAGAUAAGCAACAUCUCGUCGAAAACUGGAAAGAAAACGAGAAGGGCUACUGACUUCGACACAUACCUUACCACGAGAUCUAAUAACGUCACAAUCGACGGAAUCCAGAUGGAUGAAGAAUUUGAGUUUAGGGUUAUUCCAGUUUUUGAAGUGAACAAUAUCAUGGGGCAAGAAGACAGGAUAUCGAUCGUCAGAACUUCUUUAUCUGACCCUCAGGUCUCGCACCCAAUGUCUUCAGGUGAAAUAAUUGCACUAGUCAUCGGUUCGUUGCUGUUAAUUUUGGUUGCACUUUGUUUAAUCACCUGGUAUCACAGAGAGAGACAGAGGCGUCUAAAGGCUGACGGACUCAUUCCAGGUAAAAACGGUUCGAUAAUAGACCAGUGGGAGGUUGAUCCGGACCGUGUGACCCUGGAAGAGGAGAUUGAUGAGGGAGCCUUUGGAAAAGUGUUCAAAGGAACUCUUAAAGGAGCAUCUUCACUAUCAUUUAAUUCCACUUUGAAAGCCUCGCGGACCAUAAAAGGAAAUAAUGUGUGCACAGUCGCAGUGAAAAUGCUCCAUGACAUGGGAGACAGCGACCAAAGAAGAGAUUUUCUGGAGGAAAUUAAACUCAUGAAGGAUGUGGGAUCACACAGGAAUAUCGUGAACAUACUGGGAUGCUGCACUAUACAGGAACCUAUGUUUUUACUUCUUGAAUAUGUCCCGUACGGAAGCCUCCUUAAAUAUCUCAGAAAACACCGUGGAAAGAUGAAGGAGAAUCUUGCAGAGACCCCCCGCGGACCGUAUCACUCGACCUACUGUGAGACAUACUGCACAAAGGAAGGGAUAUCCAUUAAGGCAACUAAGAGUGACCGCAUCUACGUCAACGCUCCAGGACAGCAACAAAAAGAAACUGAAAACAUCCAACUCGUGAGUUUCAGUUACCUAAAUCCAGGAAGCAACAAUGGAGAAGAAAAUGAAAGAAAGAAUAAAGACGAAAAUGACAAAGAGCUAAAUAAAGAUGAAGAAGAAGAAGAAGAAGAAGAAGAAAGCAUAACUCCAGGAGAUUUGAUGGCGUUUGCUUGGCAAAUAAGCCGAGGAAUGGAAUACCUUGCUAAAAAGGGAUUUAUCCACCGCGACUUGGCAGCCCGUAACGUUCUUGUCGGAGAGAAUAAAAUUGCCAAGGUGGCCGACUUUGGUAUGACAAGACAAGCAUAUGAAGAGAGAGUCUAUCAGGGGAAAACAAAUCGAAAAUUUCCUCUGAAAUGGAUGUCAAUCGAAGCUAUUUUUCUUCAAACAUUUACAACUCAAAGCGAUGUAUGGUCUUUUGGAGUUUUACUUUGGGAAUUGGUAACACUUGGUGGAACACCAUACCCGACUAUUGACAACAAAGAACUUCUCCGCAUGUUGAAGGAUGGAUACAGAAUGGAACAACCCGAAACCUGUGACAAUGAAUUUUAUGAGAUGAUGAUGGAUUGCUGGAAGGAAAACCCCGACCAACGUCCAGGCUUCACUCAAUUGCGAGAGAAACUUGAGUUUAUGAUGCAAAAGGACAACCCUUAUUUGGAUUUAAGUGCCGUGGAUGAAACAAGAGAAUACUACAACGUUCCUUCAUUUAACAGCAUCAUGGAUGAGUCUCCAGAUGAGGAUUAUGGUUCUGAUAGCAUCGUCCAAGAGAGGCGUAAGUCCUCCACGGAUUCUGUGGAGCUGAAUGAUCAGCAAAAUAUGGAACAAUCAAACGGAGACGUCAGGGAGACCUCGGAGCAAAAAGGAAAUGAAAAAAACAUAGCACAAGAUGAAGAUCAAGACCAUUUUUCCAAGAACAAGAGUCCUAAUGGCGUUAAAGCUGAUACUGACGUCAAUUUUGAUGAGCUCCAAAUGAUUUUAUGCAGGUCAUCAAAAAGGGGAGUUGCCUUCUAGCGCUGUAAAUAUUACCAGCUGCUAUCGAAAAAUCAAUAAAACUUUACCGAUGCCAUCCUUGAAAGACAAGGGCUAAUAUUGUCAGGAAUGAGGAAGGUGAGAAGACGAUUUUGAUCCGAUCUCUCGGCUUUCGGCGAAUUCGUCUUGACACGAAAGUUCGCUUGAAGAAUACUGUGCGCAAUUGUCGAGACAAAAGUAGCAUUUUAGCCGAUAUUUUAUUUUUCUUCCGCUUGUCCUCAAUUCUCCAGAGAUAACGAAAUGUAAAUUUAACGGCCCAGAAACGAGAGACAGCUUGAUAAAAUGAACGGCAUUAAUCAUUUAUCUUUUAGAGAAGAUUCUAUGAGAAGAUUUUAUGAUUCUUUUUAGUAAAGGCUACAUUUAGCAGGAGUUCUUUUUACAGCAAUAGCACCAGGCAAACAGCAUUGAAUCAGUUGCAUAACGUAAACUGUUGAGUUUUUUAGUGGUCUCGAUGACACAUAUUUGUAAAGGAUAGUGAACGAGUAUUUCUUUACUUUUAGUGAGUCAGAAAUUAGUUUUGAUAGAAAUUAAGAAGAUUUUAUUCAAUGAAACUUGUUGAAAUUGAUAAUAGCAAUCACUUUAUUCGCAAAGAGGUCCAGAUCUACAGGUAAAAGUUGUAUUUGCAUAGAGUAUCUAUUCCUUUUUUUUUCCUUUUAAUUUUGAAUUCUUACUGAACAGUCAAGUUCAUUAAUUUUCUUCAACAAUCAAAUAAAACGCAAAAUCAAAUGUCUUGGUUAUCAUAACAACGAUUAGAGGUCAGUGAAAACGACUUUUAACGAUUCGCCAAAGGGUAAAAAAAAAAAUUAAUCUUUUUUCGGUUUUGGCAAAGUGAACAUAGAUGUUCCAAGGUAAUUUGGCUCCGAUUCCUUCCAGCUAAUGAACCAUUCCUUGAAACUCUUGUUGGCCCAUUCGACCUCGAGCCACAGACCAAGAUUCUUGCUCUUGUUAAAGCACUUGCGAAGCUUUGAUUUGCACUUGUCCUUUUUGCCUCGAAGGAGAUGGUAGUACGCAAGUAAGUGAAGUCUUCGACCAUCAAACACUGGGUGAUGGUUAAGAGCAUUCUUGAAUUUCUUCAGGCACUAGAAAUAAGAUGAUCGUUAGAUGCGAAACGAAAAAUAUGAGACGGUAUACCAGGAGUACGAGAGGAUUUUGAAAGAUCAGUCUUGCCAACAUCAACUUCAGCCCUUCUUGACACAGCAUGAAGUGUGUUUGAAAAACACACUUGCUUCUUUCAGUUCGUUGUUCAUUUUGGAGAUUCCCGCAUAUUUAUCUCCAGUAUCUUAUAUAUCAAACAAACAAUAAUCAGUUUAUAUCCUCGAGACACUUGAUAUAACAAGCUGAAGCUCUUAUUAAAAUGGCUUGAUGAAUCAAUGUUUUCCUACUGUUUCCUAAAUCCAGCAGCUGGUUAUUAAGAUACCUCGAUCGUUCCUGACUACUACAAAUGAACAACUCUUGUACCCUGCAUCACCUAGUGCUACACCUAUA